AUGACGUCUAGUACAGUUCCGCAUUGGAAACCCGCCGUUCUAGAGAAAAGAGCAGCACAGCAUGCUCUAAUUCCGGUAGAAUGGCGUCUUUCGGAAUCAUUUCUCUUGAAUCCCCCUCUAUCAAGUAUUGAUGCCAUUCGCACUUGUGGAAUUCUAUCAGCCGACGAAGUAGCAUGGACAGAUAUACCCGAUAUUCAAUAUCUAGUCACUCUCAUUACCUCGCGCCAGGUGACAAGUCUACAGCUGACAACGGCCUUUUGCAAGCGCGCAGCGAUUGCGCAGCAGCUUAUUAACUGUCUAACGGAGACAUGCUUUGAUAAGGCUUUGAAGCGGGCCCAGGAGCUGGAUGACCAUCUUGCACGAACGGGAAAAACUAUUGGACCUUUUCACGGGAUUCCGGUUUCUAUCAAAGAUCGCUUUGAUAUCGAGGGUCUUGAUACUACAGUUGGUUGGAUUGGUCUGAUCAAUAAGCCGGCAAAGUCCUCGAGUGAGAUUGUACAACUGCUUGAGUCUAUGGGAGCAAUUCCCUAUGUCAAGACGGCCGUUCCACAGGCUCUAAUGAUGGCCGAUUCCUAUAACAACGUCUUUGGACAGUCUUUCAAUGCCUUCAACAACAAGCUCAUCUCCGGUGGUAGUAGUGGAGGUGAAGGAGCCCUCGUCGGCUGUGGAGGAAGUGUUCUUGGGGUUGGCACAGACAUCGGCGGCUCAAUCCGGGUUCCCUCUGCAUUGCAAGGCUUAUAUUCUAUUUUCCCAACAACAGGGCGAGUUCCAUGGGAUUGCUCCUUUCUGCACCAACACUAUCUCGUCCCACCUGUCGCUGGUCCCAUGGCAUCCUCUAUAGCAACAACAGAAUAUUUCAUGGAAAAGCUUCUAGCAUCGAACCCAUGGAAUCUUGAUCCAUCUGCUAUUCCUAUUCCAUGGAGAAAAGAACUCGCCACUCCGCCUACAGACCGAAAACUGACGCUUGGUGUUGUUUUCGACGAUGGAGUUGUUAAACCGCAACCUCCUGUGGCGCGUGCAUUGAAUGAGACAGUUCGUGCAUUGCGCACAGCUGGACACGAAGUGGUCGAAUGGGAUACAUCGCUCCAUGUGCCGGCAACAGAGAUGUGGAAUAAGGCCGUGUUAGGCGAGGGAGGUGUCCAUUGUCGGAAGCUGUGCGAGAUAAUCAAUGAGCCUCUUAUUGAGGGCAUGCUCGUGGGAACAGAACAAGAUAUGCUAGGCUUCGAGGAACGAGAGAAGAUCGAGGAAAAGAAAUACGCCCUCUCAGCUGCCAUGCUCAAGCAAUGGCUUGAUUCUGGCAUAGAUGCUCUCAUCAUGCCUGUUAUCCCGUGGGUGGGCUAUAGACCCAAAGAAUGGGUUCAGAGUAAUCAAUGGGUCGGGUAUACCGCGAUGUGGAACUUAUUCAAUUACGCUUCCGCUACUGUGCCAGUUGCUAAAGCUGACCGGGCUCUUGAUGGUAUUGAUGGUGGGAAGAAUGACGAGUGGGAAAGUCAUCAGGCUCGGAACAAAUCCGAUGCCUACAACCAUUCGCAAUAUGAUAUUGAGCUUGUGCAUGGAAUGCCCGUUUCAUUGCAGAUUGUUGGUGGGCGAUUUGGCGAGGAGAAGGCGAUCGCUGCUGCGAAGGUUGUGGAUGGGUUGAUGAACCCAACACCAUUCCACCCGUUCAAAUAG